GCACCUGCCCAGGUUCUCGUGCCGCCGGUUUCGGCUUCGACCGACGACAAACUGAACUUCAUCAUGCAGAACAUGUCCCUCAAGUGUGAAACGGCCACCAAACAGGACAUUGGAUCCUUCCGGGCCGAGAUGAAGUGCGCGAUCGCUGCGGCCGUGGACCCUCUGAGGGACGAGAUGGCCGACUUCCGCAGUCGCUUGCAG